AUGGCUUUAAAAUUGAAUAUUAAUCUUGUUACACCUAAUAUGUUUAAUAAUAGCGCCGGAUUCGGCGAUUGGUUCGCACUGCCGAUGUUAGCAGUGUUGAUUCUCUUUAUUUUGUUUACCGGAUGCGAUUUCUCCUCCUUCACUGGAGGAAGGAACGUUGUAAAUAACCUGCCUGAAACGAAGGAUUCAUACAAGGAGGAAAUCGAGAACUUCAGAGUUGAACAGAAGGAUAAAAUUGAAGUUCUCGAAUUUGAAAAUAACCAAUUAAAGAAAGUGGUCCUGGCUCAGACUAAAGCGAUGCAUCAAAGGAACAGCGACAUCGAAUCGCUGAUUAAACUCUUGAAAGGAAUACUACCUAAGGGCAUGAAUUCAGGAGAAGAAAAGGAAGGCGAAGGCGAAGGUGACAGUCCGAAAGAUGAUGCUAGGCUCGAGCGUCUUCACCACUUGAUUCUUGAGAUGAGCAGCGAGAUGGCGGGACUCCGAUUGGAUAUUGAAGAAAAAGUCGACACAAUUAGCAAGCUGAAUGGGGAAGUUUCCCGGCGAGAGAAGGUUAUUGAAGAACUGGCCGAAGAAAUCCAAAGGAAGGACAAGAGACAUCGAGAAAUGGAAAAUCGGCUCGCGACGGCUAAUGAGAAGAUAGUCGUGUUGCAACGCAAGCUCUUGAACGAACAAAAUAAAACAGAGUUGCUGGAAAAGGGGCCAGCAGAGAAGGAUAACAAAAUCGAAUCUCUGAUAUGUAACGUGCUUAGGCCCGUGAAUGGAAAGGAGCAGACUUCGGAGGAAUUGAAAGAACUGAGAGGAGAAGUGGCUGCGGCAAAUGCCAAGAUUGACAGACUUCAGGAGGACAACUGCCUGAAGGAGAAACGUCUCUCAGAGGUAGAAAGACGACUGGAAUACCUGGCUAGCAAAUUCGAGGAGAGGAGUACAGAAGCAGAGAAGCUGAAGAUGGAGGGACAGGAAGAGAGACUUAAGGAAGAGAGGCACUCUCAAGAAACAGAAUUGAGCGAGAUCAGUGCCCCGUUCCACCAAAGUCUCUUCAGAACAGAAUUGGUAAUCGAGUUAGGAAGACUUACGGAACAACUGGGUAAGGACAAGGAAAGGCUAAUUCAAUUCACACGUAUGGGAAGACACUUAGAAACGCUGGGGCAAUUGCAGAGCUCUGAAACAAAUGACAGUUUAAAAAGCAUCAUUGAAUGCCUCAGUGGCAAAGAGUUAGAAGAGGUUCUAAGGUCAAUGGACGCAGAUAUGCUGAGUUUAAGUGAAACGAUUGAUCACCUCUUGAAACUGCUGCCCCAAGAGUAUACCAAGAAAAGGGCGGCUGCCACGCAAAUGAUUGCUGAGCUUCAAAAACAGAAGAGGCUCCUUGGGUACAAGAGGAAAGAUAUGGUCAUGAAAGUACAUCUUGAUACUCACAUCCACGUCCUUAACAGAGCGCGAGGAAAAGAUAUUCAAAUCCAGAUGGAUAAGAUUCUCGAAUGUAUGUGUCAAACAAAACCUGCCGCUGAAGAGGUCAAUAUUCCAGAGAACAAUGUCCUACCAGCAGCUACCCAGGAGGAAGAAAUCCUCUUUGAUCGAAAAUAUGCUAAAGAUGAGCUUAUUUCCACUCAGUCGGAGGUCCUAGCCACCAAAGAAGAAACCUCCAGUAUUCCAAGUGAAGUCCUGGGAACACCCAAAACAAUUACCACUUCCCAGGCUGCACCAAUUGUUGUAGAAAAUAUCUGUCCCACUACCCAGGUAGGCCCAGUUGUUCCAAAAGACUUCUGUCUCAUUCCUGAGGCUGCGCCAAUUGUUCAAGAAGAGAUAGUCAUCACAAAAGAAGGGGAUGCCUUCCACGUAGAGGGAGCAGCUACCCAGGAGGAAGAAAUCCUCUUUGAUCGAAAAUAUGCAACAGAUGAGCUUAUUUCCACUCAGUCGGAGGUCCUAGCCACCAAAGAAGAAACCUCCAGUAUUCCAAGUGAAGUCCUGGGAACACCCAAAACAAUUACCACUUCCCAGGCUGCACCGAUUGUUGUAGAAAACGUCUGUCCCAGUACCAAGGCAGGCCCAGGUGUUCCAAAAGACUUCUGUCUCAUUCCUGAGGCUGCGCCAAUUGUUCAAGAAGAGAUAGUCAUCACGGUAGAAGAGGAUGCCUUCCAUGUAGAAGGAGCAGCUACCCAGGAGGAAGAAAUCCUCUUUGAUCGAAAAUAUGCUACAGAUGAGCUUAUUUCCACUCAGUCGGAGGUCCUAGCCACCAAAGAAGAAACCUCCAGUAUUCCAAGUGAAGUCCUGGGAACACCCAAAAUAGUUACCACUUCCCAGGCUGCACCGAUUGUUGUAGAAAACGUCUGUCCCAGUACCAAGACAGGCCCAGUUGUUCCAAAAGACCUCUGUAUCAUUCCUGAGGCUGCGCCAAUUAUUCAAGAGGAGAUAGUCAUCACGAAAGAAAGUGAUGCCUUCCAAGUAGAGGGAGCAGCUACCCAGGAGGAAGAAAUCCUCUUUGAUCGAAAAUAUGCUACUGAUGAGCUUAUUUCCACUCAGUCGGAGGUACUAGUCACCGAAGAAGAAACCUCCAGUAUUCCAAGUGAAGUCCUGGGAACACCCAAAACAGUUACCACUUCCCAGGCUGCACCGAUUGUUGUAGAAAACGUCUGUCCCACUACCCAGGUUGGCCCAGUUGUUCCAAAAGACCUUUGGCUCAAUCCUGAGGCUGCACCAAUCGUUCAAGAAGAGAUACUCAUCACGAAAGAAAGGGAUGCCUUCCAGGUAGAGGAAGCAGCCUUCAGUGGGGAUGAACAAGCACUCAGUAAUGAAAGAGAGGCCUUUAAUAUGGAGAGGUUGGCCCAUAUUAGGGAGAAAGAAGUCUUUGCUGCAGAAAGAGAAGCCUUCCACAAAAACAAAGAAAAAUUUGAUGGGGACAAGAAUGCUUUACAAAGAGAGAUGGCAAUUUUCUACAGAGAAAAGGAAGCAUUUGAUAAGGAGAAAGCAGAGUUUUGUAAAGAGAGAGUAGAGUUUGAAAAGGUAAAGGAAUCUAUUUACAGAAGGGAACAAGUGGCGAUUGAGUGCAUGGAGAGCCUAGAAAAAAUAAGAUUGGAAAUGCAGAUAAGGGAAAAUAUGAUAUGUAACGUGAAAAACGAGAGGGAAGUCCAGAUGGAGCAAAAGAUUGAGGAACUUGAAGAUGUCAUUGAACAACAACAUAUGAUGCUCCAAAAAUGUGAGACCACGAAAUGUGAGCUUUUACAAGUAUUAUUCAAUGCAGGUUUAGCAGAUAAAGAGAUAGUGCAACAAAUUUUGAAUGAGACAAAGCGUCAAUUCAAAAUAACAUAA